AAUUAUUUAAGGUUUUUUAACGGUGACAGCGCAAGACUCUGUUUAAAGGGGAGGUACAACACUGAAGUUAACAGACAGGCGCCUACAAAGAGCAAGAGGCCGCUCGUUGAAAAACAUCGUCAGUGGGAUACGUUUGCAUAUGAGAAUGAGUUUAGAGGGCAGCUGCUGAGCCAGAGGUGGACACGAGGGGACAGAGUCAGCAGUUGUGAGAACAAGAGGAGUAUGAAAAUAAAGAUGAGCCAAGACACAGACGAUAAGCGGACAAGGACACGCUCAAAAGGCAUCAGAGUUCCUCUUGAGCUUGUUGGACAAGAAUACAGCUGCCCUACCCCAGGAUGCGACGGUUCAGGCCACGUCAGUGGAAAGUAUGCACGACACAGAAGUGCAUUGGGUUGCCCACUGGCUAAGAAAAGAAAAAUUCAAGAGGCAGAAGAGAAUCUAACAGCCUCUAAAAAGAAGCCCAACCCCCUUAAGCUGGCCAUGGAUGAUGGGUUCAAUGCAGACAGUGACACAAACAGUGAAACAGAAGCAAAAGAUGAGUGGGUAGAGUCUGAAGAGGACACAGCUGACAAAGAGGUGGAUGCAAAGGAAAAGACACCAACGUCAGAAGUAACGGCAGUGGAUAAUACAGAAGUUGACCAAGAAGGGAACAAGACACCUGUCAGAGACACAUCAAGUCCAGUGCGAGAGAAUGAAAGUGAGAAGGACCAAGUGAAUACUGAGGUCACGUCCAUCCAACAAAUCACCAUGGAUGCUGAGAAUGAGGAGGAGCUUCAGGUUGCCGCAGAGAUUCAGGCUCGAGAGGAAGAGGUAGAGGAGGAAGGAGAAGACAUUACAGAAGAGGAAAGAGUGACUCAGCAGCUGAAACAGACUGAAGAGCCUGUACAGACAGUAGAGGAAGACGAGGAAGAGGAAGAGGAAGAAGGAGAAGAGGAAACACAGUGUUUGAGCCAGAAGAACAACUCAGACCACCAGUACUACAGUGGAGACUUUGGCAAAGUUCAGACCAAAGAAAUUGGGGAGACAGAGAAGGACAGUGAAGAUGAUGAUGAGGAGGAGGAGCAGGAGGAGGAAGGAGAUGAGGAGGAGGAGUUGACCCCGGUAGAAACUUCCGAAUCUCUAAUGGCCCCUCUCACCACUGCUUUAGCUCAGGAAUUAGAACCACACAUGAUAACACACAGUAACAUAGAACCAGACCACCCUCUUGGUGAAGAUGAUGAUGAGGAAGAUGAUGAAGAAGAGAGAGAUGAUGCUUCGGAUAAAGCCUCACACACUGUAGUCAUCGAACUAGGCUCAGAGGGAGAGGAAGAGGAAGAAGAAGAGGAAGAUGAAGGAGAAGAGGAGGAAGCAGAUGAAGCAGAUGAUGAAGAUUUGGAUAGCAUGUCUCAUAGGUCAGAGGUGACAGAUGACUCAGAAACAUAUGACAUGACAAGGGGGAACCUGGGACUGCUGGAACAAGCCAUUGCACUAAAAGCUGAGCAGAUAGGACGCAGUUCUGAAGAGAGCCUCUCUCCUGAGCAGCAGCACUAUCACAGUCCAGAGGAGAGGAUGAGUCAGGCAAUGGACAUCACAGCUCGCAGAGGAUACUAUGGCAAAGAAGGUUCUAGAUCAGAGAAGAAGGAAAUAAAGUGCCCCACUCCAGGGUGUGAUGGGACAGGUCAUGUGACUGGACUAUACCCACACCACCGCAGCCUUUCUGGGUGCCCACACAAGGAUAGAAUCCCUCCAGAGAUCUUGGCAAUGCAUGAGAACGUACUGAAGUGUCCAACACCUGGAUGCACUGGGCAGGGACAUGUGAACAGCAACCGCAACACACAUCGCAGCCUGUCUGGCUGCCCUAUUGCUGCAGCAGGUAAACAUAAGUGUCUUGAAAAGCAGCCACAGCCUCAGACCUCUGUCGGUGAUCCAUCCACUGUUAGCUUAAACUCUGACAGAGUUCUCAGGCCGAUGUGUUUUGUGAAGCAGCUGGAGAUCCCUCAGUAUGGCAGCUACAGACCCAAUGCCAUGCCCGCCACUCCUCGGGCCAACCUGGCCAAGGAGCUUGAGAAGUAUUCCAAGGUGUCCUUUGACUAUGCAACCUUCGACGUGCAGGUGUUUGGCAAGCGCAUGCUUGCCCCCAAGAUGCCCACCAGUGAAACCUCUACUAAAGCCUUCAAAUCCAAACCAUUCCCUAAAGACUCAUCCCCUAGCCACAGCCUGUCUGGAGUUUACACUAAAAGCAGCUCCUCUUCCACCUCCAGUGGGUAUGACUAUACCCAUGAUGCCGAAGCCGCUCACAUGGCUGCCACUGCCAUUCUUAACCUGUCCACCCGCUGCUGGGAGAGACCUGAAAACCUCAGCACCAGUCAACCAGACCAGGGCAGCAAGGACACAGAGAUCGAAGUAGAUGAAAAUGGCACACUGGAUCUCAGCAUGAAGAAACCCAAGAGGGAAGGAGUCAGGUCACCAGACCCAUCCUCAUCUUCAUCAUCAUCAUCUCACCAUCACGGCGUCACCUCACCUCACUCUAGCCACACCUACCAACAAGAAGAGUGGGAGGGGCCUCUGGACUACACCAAGUCAAACCGACAGAAAGAGGAGGAGCCGGAGCAAGAUGAGGUGGAGUACACCAUACAUUCGUAUGCCUCCUCUGAUGAAGAUGAUGAAGCCACUCAGGAGAGUGUGGAGGACAGGAAGUACCCUGGUGAAGUCACAACCUCCAGCUAUAAGGUCAAGUUCCAGCCAAAGGACUGCAAGAAAGAGAUCUUGUUAUGUCCCACCCCUGGUUGUGAUGGCAGUGGACAUAUAACUGGGAACUAUGCAUCCCAUCGGAGUCUAUCUGGUUGUCCCCUUGCUGAUAAAAGUCUUCGGACCCUCAUGGCUGCCCACACUGCUGAACUCAAAUGCCCUACUCCAGGUUGUGAUGGAUCAGGCCACAUCACUGGGAACUAUGCUUCCCAUAGAAGUCUGUCUGGAUGUCCACGUGCCAAGAAGGGAGCAAUCAAAACCACCCCAACUAAGGAUGACAAGGAAGACUCUGAGCUCCUGAAGUGCCCGGUGCCAGGUUGUGACAGUCUGGGGCAUAUCAGUGGGAAAUACGCCACCCACCGCAGUGCCUAUGGGUGCCCACUGGCAGCACGCCGGCAGAAGGAGGGCAUGUUAAAUGGCACACCAUUCUCCUGGAAGGCCUUUAAGUCUGAGGGCCCAACCUGCCCCACGCCAGGAUGUGAUGGAUCAGGACAUGCCAAUGGCAGCUUCCUCACUCAUCGCAGUCUAUCAGGUUGCCCUAGAGCUUCAGCUAACAAGAAGCGAGCUAGGUUCCCAGGAGAUGAUUACAUCAGCAAGAAAUUUAGGGCAAGUGAUGUUCUCGACAAUGAUGAAGAGAUAAAACAGCUGAACAAAGAGAUCAAUGAGCUGAAUGAAUCCAACUCUGAAAUGGAGGCAGACAUGGCCAACCUCCACACACAGAUCUCAUCCAUGGAGAAGAACCUCAAGAGCAUAGAGGAAGAGAAUAAGCUCAUAGAGGAGAAGAAUGAGGCUCUGUUCAUGGAACUGUCAGGCUUGAGCCAAACUCUUAUCCGCAGCCUUGCCAACAUCCGUCUACCACAGAUGCAAGAGCCAAUCACCGAACAGAAUUUUGACACCUAUGUGGACACGCUGACCCACAUGUUCACCGAUAAAGAGUGCUAUCAGAACCCAGAGAACCGGGCCCUGCUGGAGUCGAUCAACCAGGCUGUCAAGGGCAUUGAGGUGUGAGCAGAGGAGAGGCAGCUGUAAGACACUGUGGGUUGAAUAACCAGACCAACAAUGUUAAAAUACUGUAUAAGGACAUUCAGGUUUUGCAUGUGGCUCCCUCUACAAUGAGAAUGACCACAAGACCCGUGGAAUUCAGAAAAAAAGGACCAAAUUCAGAACCCAAAUUAUGCUGCUUAGCAAUUUUGAUGAGAUCUAAGAUCCUUCGCUUCUUAAACCAAGCUGACUCUUCGUCUUUCGGGGUAUUUUUUGGAGUAAAUCAUUUGUUACUGUUUUAUAGAGCAACUCUCACCGACACUGAUCUGCCUUUCUUACUUCCCUCAGUGCAUGGAGGUUGCCGUGAACAAUAAGUCAUGAGAUUGUUGUGUGUUUGUGAGGGUAAGUCUUAUGUGUGUAUGCGUAAAAGAGUGUUUUAUUUCUAAUGUCUGAAGGUGAAUUCACGAUUAGUGACCGCCCUAUACAAAAUAUGAAUAUUAUGCAGCAGUGCUCCAUUUGAAUCCUGUAUGAUAAUGUUGUCUCAUAUUUGGUGUAAAAGUGCUCCUAUUCCAUUCAGUAAUAUUUAACGUAUUUGAGAACAUAGAUAUUGCACUUCCAUGAAUAGUUUGUAGUUCCAUUGUCAUGUUAUUAUUGUAAUUAUUAUUAUUAUUAUUAUUAUGGCUAUUUAAAUUGGGUCCUUGAAAUGUAAGUUUAAUUUAUUAUUUAUUCUAUUCAUGUUAAGGUUUAUUUUGUUUAUUUAUUAAUCAGUUUAUUUUGUUUAUUUAUUAAUCAGUGUCUAUUUAUGGACUUAAUUUAUUUAUAAAACAAUAUAUACACAGCUUUUAAACAGUUAUUAAGAGGAGUGACGUUGCCCUCUGUGUUGUGAUAGAGGCAAUAUUUUAAGAAUAUUAAUAGCAAAUUGUUUUAUAAACCUUCCUAUUUAUUUUAAAGACAGAGAUUUAUAAUCUCUUUUUUUAAGUGCAAAUAUUUUCUACCUAACAAUAUUUUAUAUUGAUUUUUAAUAUUCUCCUUUAUUUAAUGAGUUCUGUUUUCCAUAAAAGUAUUUUGACACCCUCCAGAGUGAAGUGGGUUGAACAGAUAUGAUGUAUUUAUUGUUAUUUACUUAGUAUUUAAGAACAAAUUGAAUGGAGAGCUUGUUGCAUAUUUAUUUUAUUUAAAUGUCUCUGUGUUAGUGAUUGCUGCAUA